CUCCUAAAGUAACCCUUCUAUGUCCUUCAAAUGUCAAAUGCUGAGUGACUUGUAGAGGUGAUGGCAUAGCUGCCUUACCUGCGGGCGGGGGUACAAGGUCGCGGAUCCCGUUUAUAGUGCUUAUCGAUAAGUCGCAGGGGACUGACCAUGCGGAACGGGUCUGGACAACCCGCCAUGCACCAUCCACGGUCAAUUGAGCAGAUGCGCUAAAAAGUUUGAGAUCACGAACCAAGGCCCUUCCCGAGAGGAGCACCGAGGACACCCCGGCGUGAUGCAACCAUGAGGAGGACAUCAUUAAUACGACCGACGCGGCGUCUGCUGCAGGGGCGAGUGGCCCCGGCUUUUGCGACCGUCCCCCGCCCGUGGAUACAGUCGCAUCACCAUGUUCGCCAUGAGAGCUCAGGUCCCAGGAACCCCCCACCGAAGGUCGUCGUGAGCCCAGAAGCAGCCGCGACGCCAAAAUCUAGCCCAAAUCCCGAGGCCAGUGCGGCUCCGGACGCCACCGUGAUCCCUAAGGCGCCCGCGGCCCCAGAAGCGGCUGCGGUCCCGAAAGCUACCGCGGCUCCCAGCGCCUCCGUGACCCUGGACGUCGCUGCGACACAGGCAGGUCCUGCGACUCCGGAAGCGAUUGUGGUCCCGGAAGCCGCUGCGUCUCCCGGUGCGGCUGCAAUCCCGGACGUUACUCCGAUCUCGAACGCUCCUGUAGCUGCAGAUGCGGCGGCAGCGCCGGAGGCGAGGCCGGCCCCGAAGGCUGCUGCGACUCCGAGCACCACUGAGACCCACGAUGCCGUCACGGCCCCUGAAGCCGUGGCAACCCCACAGGCGACGAUAACCCCAGAAGCCUCUGCGGCUGUCGAAACAAGUUCACUUUCGGAAGCUGCUACGAUUCCUGAAGCGCCCACGGCCCCCGAGGCGGUUGCGGUUCCCGAAGCUGGUACGGCUUCCAGAGCUGGUACGGCUUCCAAAGCUGCUACGAUUCUAGAGGCUGUCAAAGCUCCUGAAACUGCCAAGGCUCCGGAAGCUACUAAGGUCCCCGAAGAUGUUGCGACUCCUGUAGCUACUAAGGCUGCUGAAACCGUUGCAGCUCCGGAAGCUGCUCCGAUUCCGGAGGCUACCGAGGCUGCCGAAACUGUCAAGGCAUCGGAAGCUACUACGAUUCCAGAAGCCUCCAAAGCUCCCGAACCUGCCAAUGUAUCGGAAGCUGCUGCGAUUCCAGAAGCCCCCCUAGCCCCGAAACCCAGUGAGAUCCCGGAAGCCAGCGUAGUUAGUAAAUCCGCAGUAACCCCGGAAACUACCCCAACCCCUCAAGCUACCGAGCCUCCUCGAGUAAGCGAGGCCACGGAUGCGAGCAAGCCUUCCGAAGGAAGUGCAGGCUCGGCUAUCUCCAACCCCCCUGCGGGGGUCACGAGCAAGGCUACCACUGGCCCAGAUGCGAAACUAACCGCGCCUGCUCCUGAGGCCGACGAGUCGACGAGUGACAAAGACGGCAUGCCGCGAUACCCACGUAGUUUGCAGGCUCUGCAGCUGGUGCCCCUCCGGCGUGAGGCCGAGUACGGCGUGCCGUCAUGCGACCUGCAGAUGCGAUCAUACAGCGCCCGGCCGCUCGAAUUCUACUGCGACUUUGCCCUCCGGGCGGCCUACUACCUGGGCCUACCCGCCUUCGGCCCCGUGCCGCUGCCCAAGAUCAUUGAGCGCUGGACCGUACCGCGGUCGCACUUCAUCUUCAAGAAGUCACAGGAGAACUACGAGCGCAUCACGCUGCGCCGCCUGAUCCAGAUCCGAGACGGCCACCCGGAGACGGUCCAGGUCUGGCUCUCGUUCUUGCAAAAGCACGCCAUCUCGGGCAUUGGUAUGAAGGCCAACAUGUGGGAAUUUGGCGCACUGGAUGCUGGCAAGGAGCUGGAGGAGACAGCCAAGGCUGCGGCAGCUGAUCUCGACGCCAAGUGGGCACACCUCGCACAGUCGAAGCCACUGGCUUCUACUCCCAGCGAAGUAAAUGAUAUCAUUGUUAAGGAGAGGGUGCGGGUUGCAGGAGGGAGAUAGCCAGGACGGCAUGUUCAUGAUGAGUGACUCGACAGCGACAGGGACACUCCUACAAGCUUGUACAUCUAUCUUGUAUGAAUUACCACCUGAUGCAAUUUUCCGGUGAAUCUUUCCUGUCUAUCCAUUGUGGCUUGUAGGUUUUGAAAAGGGGCCCUGGUGAUGUGUGCAUAUGAAAACACAUGUGUCAGAUUUGAGAGUGCAGCCUUGUGUUCCUGGCAUUUGAGAGGCAGACGAUGCAUUGGAAGCGAGAAGAAAAAGAAAAGCAAAAACAAGUGAG